CGCAGCAGAGAGUGAGCGCCAGGGCACGGAGCUGUCCCCGACCUUAUUUGCGAUCCUUGUUAUUUCUGCAUCUGCAUCUCAGGCCCCUGCGGACCGCCAGACGUCCCCAGGGAGGGUGCAGCUGGCCCUGGCAGGGCCCGGACACCUGGGGCCCGUGCCCCCCUCCCCACCCCAUGGUAUCGCCUUCCCGGGCGGCUCGGGUUCCCGGAUCGCCUUACCAGGGCGACUCGGCUAUCGCUCCCUGGACAGGGGGAGGGGAGGCUGCAGGAAGCGGUGGAUCCGGAGGCGGCGGCGGCAGCCUGGGUGGGUGGAGGAGCUCCUCCGGCCAUGGAAAGCGCUGCUGCCCGCGAGGCCCCGGGGGCUGAGACCCCGCGCGCCCCCGUGCCCCCGCCCUCCCCGGCGGAGACCCCAGCCGCGCCCCGCGUGCGCCCGCGCCUCGUCUUCCGCACGCAGCUGGCGCACGGCAGCCCCACCGGCAAGAUCGAGGGCUUCACCAACGUCCGCGAGCUCUACGCCAAGAUCGCAGAGGCCUUCGGAAUCGCGCCCACCGAGAUCUUAUUCUGCACCCUCAACAGCCACAAGGUAGACAUGCAGAAGCUUCUGGGUGGACAGAUAGGGCUGGAGGACUUCAUCUUUGCCCAUGUGCGCGGCGAGACCAAGGAGGUAGAGGUCACCAAAACAGAAGAUGCCCUGGGACUGACCAUCACCGACAAUGGGGCUGGCUAUGCCUUCAUCAAGAGGAUCAAGGAGGGCAGCAUCAUCAACCGCAUCGAGGCAGUGUGUGUGGGCGACAGCAUCGAGGCCAUCAAUGACCACUCCAUCGUCGGCUGCCGCCACUACGAGGUGGCCAAGAUGCUCCGGGAGCUGCCCAAGUCCCAACCCUUCACCCUGCGCCUGGUGCAGCCCAAGAGAGCCUUCGAUAUGAUCGGCCAGAGGAGCAGGGGCAGCAAAUGUCCUAUGGAAGCACGAGUGGCCAGUGGGAGGGAGACCCUGCGGCUCCGCUCUGGGGGUGCUGCCACAGUGGAGGAGGCGCCCAGCGAGUUUGAGGAGGAGGCGUCCCGGAAGGUGGACGACCUGCUGGAGAGUUACAUGGGCAUUCGGGACCCAGAGCUGGCAUGCACCAUGGUGGAGACAUCCAAGAAGACGGGCAGCGUCCGGGAGUUUGCGCGCUGUUUAGACUCCGUCUUGGGCGAGUUUGCCUUCCCGGACGAGUUUGUGGUGGAGGUGUGGGCCGCCAUCGCAGAGGCCAGGGAGGCCUGUGGCUAGUCUGCCCCGGGGCCGAGCGCAGCCCCAGCCCGCAGCCCAGCCCACUGCCCCCGCCAUCCCAGCCGGUGCCCAAAGCCCAGCCCUGCUCCAGAACCCAAUCCACUUCAGAGUCCCAACCUGGCUCCACAACCCAGCCC